UGCAAGAUCGAUUAGAACAAUUAACCGAGCAGCUGAUUUCAGACGGCCGCAAUUCGUUUAUCAAGACAAGUGUGUGAGGUGGAGGAAUGCAGGCUUUGGAGUGAGAAACCAAGAGAGAGAGAAGGGGAAAUUCAAGAAUCCAUUCAAUCCUCAGUGGUGGCUAGCUCCCUUUUUGCUCUAACAUUUCUUCAAUUGCUUGUUUUACUUCAAGAACCCAUCUUUUUGGGGCUCCUUGUUUUGAUUUUGUUUUCCCAUGGAAAUUUCUUGUUCUUGAUUGGGUAUGAAUACUGAUCUGUGAAAUAUGUGAGCAAGAUCCUGUCUUUUUCUUGUUUGUUUUUGGUGCUUGUUAAUGGUGGAAGUCAAUCUUACUUAUGAAGCCCUUACUUAGGAAAUGAAUGAUUAAUUCAGUGAAUAAAUUACAUUAUCUUUGUUGUAAGUACAAUAUGUGCCUGUUUUAUAUUGAGAUAUUACUUGUUUCUUUGAUCAUAUGUGUUGCAUUCUUCAAUAGGGAUAUACUAUCUUUUUUUUUUUGUGUAUAGAAAUCAGUUGGUAUGAGUUUAUAUUUUUUGUUUCUUUUAGCUUUGAACAAAGAACCUUGGGUCAACUACAUGUCUUUAAAUAAUAAUUUGGACAGCUUGACCCAUUUUUCUGUAUUUCUUUAUUUCAAGAUUGAUUUCUCAUGUUUAACAAGCUCGUUUCCGUUGAUUUUAAGGGAAGCUGAAUAUACUGUUAUCUGAUUUCCCCUGGCUAUGUGUAAUCACUGAGGUAUUGUGCAUUUGUGCUUGAGGGGACCUAAAAACCCGAUUUCAAAGAUAUCAUUUCAUUAUGGCUGAAGCACCGGUGAUGGACAACGAGGUCUUUAAUCAUUAUUUGACUGGUAUGACGCCAGCUGAAUUUGCUGAACAUCUCAAGGAUAGUUGCCCGGAAUUUGGCGAUCUAAAUGUUCAAGAGCUUCUCUUAGUGCAGGAAAGUGCCUUCCAAUUCAUUCAGAACAAAAACCAGAACAAGGACACGGCCUCCAGCUAUGGUGAAACUAGUGACGACAAUUUGGUUUUGGAACAUGAGAGUGAACUACCGCAUGGAGGAAGUAUCGAGCACCAAUUAGCUCUUGAUGAAGCCUUAGCAAGAGCACUGGAACUGGGAGACGACUUCAACUAUCUAUCUGUCAAUGAGGAUGCUGCUGUUACUGUUGUUAGCGCAGUUGAUAACACAAGAUCAACUUCGAGAGCCACGCCUAGCAGGGCUGGAAGUCAAAACAUAAGGCAGGAUGACUUCGAUCCUGAUACAAUGACUUAUGAGGAGUUGCAAUCACUGGGAGAAUCUGUUGGAAGCGAGAGCAGAGGACUUACAGCAGAUCUCAUCUCACGGUUACCAACAUUCAGACACAAAUCAAGCAAAUCUGGCUUGUUCUCGAAGAAAAAGAAGGAAACAGAAGAGUGUGUGAUAUGCCGUGACGGAUACAAGCAAGGAGCUAAAGUGAUCAGCUUGCCUUGUGCACACCAGUAUCAUUCAAAGUGUAUCAAAACUUGGUUGCAGCAAAACAAGCAAUGCCCCAUUUGCCAAAAGGAGGUGCUAGACAACUAGUUCGUGUUAGCGCUGAGCAGAGCAAGAAGUUGCAGCUUGCAUAAUCAAGGAUUUCGACUGUUGUUAUAUCAUCAUCGUCUGUGUUUAUGAACACACUCUCUCCAGUUUCCCCAAUCCCAGAUUCACUGCCUUAUAUAGAUGAUAUUUAUAUCCCUCUGUUUUGUGAGACAGUCAACUAGAGAGGGAGACUGAUGGAGAUUUCAUGUUCAAGUUCUUGAAUUUCUUUGACAUGUAUGUCUAUAAUGAAGUUUCAGUUUCAUUGCAAUUUAAUAGAAAGAUUCAACAUAAAUUUUGAAGUU